UCUCUUUAAAAUGUCCAAUUCACUGAUAACUUUGUAGUGUUAGAUGCUCCCAAUUUAUGUCGAUUGACCAUUGAACAGCGUUAGAAACACACUUCUUUGCGUAAUCUGUCAAAUACACUUUCUAUCAAUGAUUGAACAUUAGUACUAAAAAAAUUACGUAAUCUUUCAAAUACACUUGACGAAUUUCAUUUAUAAUUUCAUUUUUUUUCUUACAAAAUAACAAAAUUGUUUCUGAAUGAAUGUGAUCAAAGUUGCGUUCCUUUUUACCAUAUUUGUUGUCACUCCUACUUAUUUAAACUGCUUUGUAUUAUUUCUUCCCGUAGCAAGCCUCUUGUUUUUCCUUUUCCAUUGGAACUUCUUCACAUCCUCUCUCUCCCCCCAAAAAAACUUGAUCUUCUUUACUUUCUUUUUCUGUCUGAGAGUUCUUGAAGUUUUCCAUUGAGGCUCCAGAAACUUUAUGAGUUCUGUUGAUUCAUUUUCCACUUGGCAAUAUAAUGAAAGAGCAUUUCAUGUAGAUGUUCUUCACCACUAUAUGCUCUUAUUGCACUACUUGUGUUUUGUGCCGUUCUGAAUUAUGCAAAUAACUACAUGAUUUAGCAUAAAAGAAAUUGUUGACACACAAUCAUGAAGUUUAUGAAACUAGGAUCUCGUUCGGACACCUUUUACACUGCAGAGUCUGUAAGGACAAUCUCUUCUGAAGUUUCAAGUGACUUCAUAAUUCAAGUGAAAGGAACUAGAUACCUUCUUCACAAGUUUCCACUACUGUCCAAAUGUUUUCGCCUGCAAAGGCUAUGCUCAGAGAGUUCUGAUUCUCCACAGCACCAAAUAGUCCAACUACCUGAUUUUCCUGGCGGGGUGGAAACAUUUGAGCUUUGUGCCAAGUUCUGCUAUGGCAUAACAAUCACUCUCAGUGCUUACAACAUCGUGGCCGCGCGAUGCGCGGCCGAGUACUUGCAGAUGACUGAGGAUGUUGAGAAGGGGAAUUUGAUUUACAAGCUUGAUGUUUUCUUCAACUCAUGCAUCCUCAAUGGCUGGAAGGAUUCCAUUGUGACUCUACAAACCACAAAGGCAUUGCCUUUGUGGUCAGAGGACUUAGCAAUUUCAAGCAGAUGCAUUGAGGCAAUUGCCUCAAAGGCCUUAAGCCACCCAUCAAAGGUGAGUUUGUCACACAGCCAUUCCCGGAGGGUGAGGGAUGAUGUGUCUUCAUGCACCGGAAGCGAAAGCUUGAGACACAAAUCAACAAGCAGAGGUUGGUGGGCUGAGGAUUUAGCAGAUUUGAGCAUAGACUUGUAUUGGAGAACCAUGAUAGCCAUCAAAUCUGGUGGCAAGACACCCUCAAAUCUCAUUGGUGAUGCAUUGAAAAUCUAUGCAUCUAGAUGGCUACCAAAUAUAAGGAAGAAUGUGCAUCAUGUCAAGAGGGAAAAAACUGAAUCAGACUCAGAUUCAGAUUCUGCAAGUGAAGUGAAUUCAAAACAUAGACUACUUUUGGAAUCAAUAGUGAGCUUGCUUCCAGCAGAGAAAGGUGCUGUUUCUUGCAGCUUCCUUCUUAAGCUAUUGAAGGCUGCCAAUAUUCUCAAUGCUUCUUCUUCUUCAAAGGUGGAAUUGGCCACAAGGGUAGGACUUCAGUUGGAGGAAGCAGCGGUUAACGAUCUUCUGAUACGCUCGGUGUCUAAGAGUACUAAUGAUAUGAUCUAUGAAGUGGACUUGGUGAUGACCAUAUUGGAACAGUUCAUGUUGCAAGGUCAGAGUCCUCCAACCAGCCCUCCAAGAUCAAGAUUUGCCGUCGAAAGAAGGCGGUCUCGUUCCGCCGAGAAUAUUAACCUUGAGUUUCAAGAGAGUAGGAGGUCCUCCUCAGCUUCUCAUAGCUCAAAACUUAAGGUGGCAAAGCUUGUGGAUAGAUACCUUCAGGAGGUUGCCAGGGAUGUGAAUUUGCCUCUCUCAAAAUUCAUUGCUAUUGUUGAAACUAUACCAGAUUUUGCAAGGCAUGAUCAUGAUGAUCUGUACAGAGCUAUUGACAUUUAUCUCAAGGCACAUCCAGAACUCAGCAAGAGUGAAAGGAAGAGGCUAUGUAGAAUUCUAGACUGCAAAAAGCUGUCUAUGGAAGCAUGCAUGCAUGCAGCACAGAAUGAGCUUCUUCCCCUAAGAGUUGUUGUGCAAGUUCUCUUCUUUGAGCAAGUAAGAGCAGCAGCAGCUGGUGGCAAAGUGAGUGACAUGCCAAGCAACAUCAAGGCAUUGCUCACUGCAAAUGGCAUUGACCCUUCAAAGCACACAGCACCAUUGAGCACCACAACUAGUAUUCAUGUUGAUGACAAUUGGAGUGUUUCUGGAUUCAAGUCAUCAAAGUCAACAACUAGGAACCCUACUCUCAGAAUGAAGCUAGCUGAGGAUGACUUGGAUGAAAAUGUUGUGCCCCGUGAUGAGAUUGGAAGAACUUCUAGGUUUAAGGGUAUUCUUGGUCUUCCCACUCAGCCCAAAAAAAUGUUUAGCAAGUUGUGGUCUACAAAUAGAAGUGCCACUGAAAAGAAUUGAGUGAAUUUUUCUAUUUUUCAUGAUGGGGAUAUGGGGAAUUUAGAGGGUAACAUAUACUAUAUGUAAGUUGUAAUGUAAUGUAAAAUCUAGGGAAAAUUAAUGAAUCCAAAAAUGUGCAUUGUUCAGGUAACCUAUAUAAUAAUGAGAAAUGAGAUUUUUCAAAAAGGGGGAAAUCUCUUUGGUAAAAAUCACAUUUGUGAAAAAUUGGAUGAUGAUUGAGGAAGAGGAACCUUAGGUGUAAGUGACGAAUUGUAGGGUCAAGGGUGCCGUUUGUGUCCACGAAUCUGAAACACGUGGCUAUGUUCAUCUUUGGUGGUUCACUUCAAAUGGGUCCUGAUUCUGUUGAUAAAAAUUAA